GACGGAGUAAAUAGUCCGGUGCGGAUUGGAUCCAAUGAGAGCUCGCCAUUGAACUGAAUUUUCCGGACCAAACUUUGCGGAUACAAUCAAUUUAAAAACAGUCGUCUGAAACGACGAAGUCGAGCGAGUGGCGGUUGGCGGAGGAUGAUGGCUUGCUUGGUGCCACCGCCACCUGCCAUUGCUGAUGGCUUCUCUCCCUCUCCCCUGAAACUUGUGCAACAGAAUAGAUUGGUAUCUGCGUUCCAAUCUCCAAAGUCUCUGAGCGAGCUCAGAGCGUUACACGGUCGGAUGAUAACCACUGGGCUGCGCCGAAACGAUCUGGUGCUUGGGAAGUUUAUCAUCUGCUGCUCGUCUUCGAAUUGCAUGGAGUACGCGCGGAAAGUAUUUGACGAAAUGUCCAGUCCAAGUGUCUUCUUUUGGAAUGCCAUGAUCAAGGGGUACCAACAGAAUGGGGAUCAUAUGGAGGUUCUUCGCUUGUAUUUUCAGAUGAGGAGUUGUGGGUUUGAUUCUGACGCCUUCACUUUUCCGGUCGUCCUCCGAUCGUGUUCCCCUUUGAAGAGAAUUCGCGAGGGCAAGGGAAUACACGGAUUGGUCUUGAAGACUGGGUACGCGACGAAUGUUAUCGUGCAGACUGCCCUGAUGGAUCUCUAUUCGCUGUCUGGGUGCGUAGCUUCCGCCCGUCAAGUGUUUGAUGAAAUGCGGGAACGAGAUGUGAUCUGUUGGAACACAAUGAUAGCAGGGUAUAGCAGAUGCGGAGACUUUGCAAAUGCUGAGGAACUUUUCCAUAAAAUGCCUGAGAAGGAUGAGUCAUCGUGGAACACUCUCAUAGAUAUGUACUGCAAAGCAGGUGAUGUGGAGGCUGCUCGUAGAUUGUUCGAUGAAAUGCCCAAGAAGGACAUUAUCUCUUGGAAUGCCAUGAUAUCUGGGUAUGUGCACAUUGGAGACAUGGAAGUAGCACGCCUUCUUUUUGAUGAAAUGCCUAGGAGAAGUGUCGUCUCAUGGAAUGUGGUGAUCACUUGUUGUGUACAUCACCGACGUUUUACUGACGCUUUGGAUCUCUUCCGCAAGAUGCAGAGAUCGGAUGUUAGGCCGAAUGAGGUCACUAUGGUGGCGGUGCUUCCAGCUUGUGCUCAUCUGGGAGCAAUGGAUCUAGGACAAUGGAUUCAUGCUUAUAUUGACAAGAACCGGAUUCGGAUGGAUGUGUAUGUGACAACAGCACUUAUAGACAUGUAUGGCAAGUGCGGGAAUGUGGAGGAGGCACGCCGGGUUUUUGAGAUGGCUAAGGAGAAGGAUGCAUUCUCUUACAGUACCAUGAUCGAGGUCUUGGCAUUGAACGGAAAGGCCGAGGAGGCCUUUCAGAUAUUUUCAUAUAUGCAGAGUCAUGGAUUAAAGCCGAAUGGUGUCACUUUUGUUGGGCUCCUUACCGCCUGCAGCCAUGCAGGACUGGUGGAGAAGGGCCGCAUGUAUUUCAACAUGAUGAAGAGUGAGUAUAAUUUGGAGCCUAAGUCUGAACACUUUGGUUGUAUGGUAGACCUUCUCGGCCGUGCUGGUUAUCUUGACGAGGCUUUUGAGCUUAUCAAAAGUAUGCCAAUGGAACCUCAUGUUGUUGUAUGGGGAGCUCUACUUAAUGCGUGCAGAAUUCAUGGGAAUGUCAAGCUUGCAGAAACGGUUGGCUUUCGUCUUAUAGAAUUGAACCCUACCAACUGUGGGAAUUAUGUCCUGUUAGCCAAUAUUUAUGCAAAAGCCAACAGGUGGGAUGAUUCUGUUAGGGUGAGAAAGAUGAUGAAGGAUAGAGGUGUCGUCAAGAAGCCUGGAUGCAGUUCAAUUGAGGUGAACAAUAGUGUCCAUGAGUUCAUUGCUGGGGAUAACUCACAUACACAUUGUGCAAGAAUAUAUAGAACGCUACAAGAAGUAACCGAGAGACUAAAGAGGGAAGGAUAUGUGCCUGAGGUUUCUUCUGCGCUACAUGAUGUGGACACGAACGAGAAAAUGCAAGCCCUUUCUUAUCACAGUGAAAAACUAGCUGUCGCCUUUGGACUCCUCAGUACUACUCCUGGUACUCCAAUUCGGAUAGUGAAAAAUCUCCGUGUUUGUGAAGACUGUCAUGUCAUGAUGAAGAUGAUAUCCCAACACUAUGAUAGGAAUAUAAUUCUUAGGGACUGCAACAGAUAUCACCAUUUUAAUAAUGGUUCUUGUUCGUGCUCAGAUUAUUGGUAAACUGCUGUUGAAAGCCUUGCUAAUAAAAUAAACUAUACAAUCUUUUUUCUUAA